UACAGGAAUCGCACCAAGGCUCAGAGCUUAUAAGGCUGUGCCAGCACCCUGUUCGGUGCAGGCUCACUGGGACGCCAAGCUGUCAGCCAUGAGGAUCCAUUAUCUCCUGUUUGCGCUGCUCUUCCUGUUCUUGAUGCCUGCUCCAGGUGAAGGAGGGCUCAUAAACACAGUGCAGAGAUACUUCUGCAGGGUGAGAGGCGGCCGCUGUGCUGCCCUCACCUGCCUUCCCCGGGAGACCCAGAUAGGCCACUGCUCUGUCAGGGGCCGGAAAUGCUGCCGAAGGAGAAAAUAGAAGAUCCAGAAACAUCAUGAACAUGGACAGUGGGGAGAUGCUUUCUUAACAUAUAUAAAGAUAAAAGUGAAUUAAAUAUUUUUUUCAAAAAAUUAAAAAUUUGAUUUAAAAAAUA